UUUUGUUAUUGUUUAGUUUACACCUCGAAUUAUAACAUUUUUAUAAUAUUUGUAAUUUGUCUCCUUGAAAGAGUUCUUGAAAGGAACUGCUUGUCAAGGGCCAUCAUUACCAUAUACAUUUUUUUGUCAAUCGGAAUCACUCAAUACUUUUAAAUUUACACUAGACAUUUUAACAUAAGUAGUACAUUUAUAGGUUAGCUUUUAAGGUUAUUGUUAUUAAGUAAUUAAUUGUGUUAUCUUUUAAGCCAUGGCUUUUCAAAUAUCAGUUAUGAUAAACAGUAACAGCCUUUUUAAUAAGUCGUCGAACCCAAUCACAAUGGUCUGUAUUAAAGAACUAUUGAGAAGAAGAUUUGCUAAUCAGUCAAGUAUAAGUAAACAUCAACAACAAAUCAUGUCUAAAGGACUGCCACCAAAGCGAAACAUUCCCUAUGUGAAGCACAUUGUUCUCGUGUCUUCCGGUAAAGGAGGAGUUGGCAAAUCUACUACUGCUGUGAACAUGGCAACAGCGUUGGCAGAUAUUCAGCCGUCAUUGAGGGUUGGUUUGCUUGAUGCUGAUGUCUUUGGCCCGUCUGUCCCCCUUAUGAUGAACCUUAGUGGAAAACCUCUUAUAAAUGCAGAAAAGAAGAUGAUUCCGAUGGUCAACUAUGGAGUGAAGUGCAUCUCCAUGGGGUUCCUUGUUGAGCAGGAGGCAGCCAUGAUGUGGAGAGGGUUGAUGGUGAUGAAGGCAGUCAAUCAGCUGAUGUUUGAGGUGGACUGGGGUCCGACUGAUGUCCUAGUUGUAGAUACUCCCCCUGGCACUGGAGACACUCACCUUUCCCUCAUUCAGAACCUAAACAUCUCAGGGGGUCUAGUAGUUACGACUCCGCAGCAGUUAGCUACACAAGUCGCUGGUCGCGGUGUCACCAUGUUCCGAAAACUAGGAGUUCCAAUUAUAGGUGUCGUGCAGAACAUGGGCACUGUUAUAUGCUCAAACUGCAAACACAAGAACGAACUCUUUGGCCCAGCGAUUAACAAGUUCGCUAAGGACUUGGACAUUGAUGUCGUACAAGAUAUUCCACUUGAUCCUAUCAUCUCGACCAGUGGAGAUCAGGGAACGCCAGUGGUUAUAAGCCAUCCGGACAGUUUAGUCGCCUCGUCGUUCAGGAACUUAGCAACUACGGUAGCGAAAUUCCUGAAAAUAGGUGACUUCACCAAAGACUCGUCAUAGUAUAAGUAACACUAGUAAUAAUAAAUAAACUGUUUUGUUAAUUUAA